GCUCUAAGAUCAUAUACACCGUAACAACAUCGGUGUAACGUUGCCUAUAUGGUAAUACCUCACACAGCGCGGAAACUGGCAUUUUACCACCUAUCGUCUCCAGCGAAAUCACAUUCCAAAGGUAUUCUAGAGUGCUCUGUCGGAAUGCUCUAACCAUGUCACGGUCCAGAUAUGCUUUUGAUUGAUAUCUUGCAUGAACAAGAUAGUUGUUCCUUGAAGAAGAUGCCAAACAACGAACAACUCAUCUCAAUCUUGUGCGGACAUCAAAGAUCAUAUAUCAAGCUGGUUUAUCAGAAGUAUUUUGAACUUACUCAUCAUCUGACUUUGACCGGCCGACCCAACGAUAUCCUUGAAAUUCCGACACGUACUGUACUCAGAGCCCUCCUGGAAACUAGACUUAUCAGGAAAUAGUUCAUCAAGAAUGACGAAAUUAGCAGUUGGUGCGAUUCUGGCUGUCGCCCUUGUUACCGCGUCGCAUACGGCAGCGUCUCCGCCUGGAGCAAUUUAUAUCGACCCUUUAUUGUAUAAUGUUGUGGGAGCAAACUACACAGAAUGGCGCAACUCAUCCGCUAUCGGUUUUAACCCCACCAACAGUACACCCCCAUUCAUUCAGGUCUUUGACCCUUCGUUCCUCGAUGUCACUGGACCAUCUGCUACCAUUCGGGAAAUUGCUUCGAAUCCUGGCUUUGAUUUUGCCCAUGAAGCACCCAUCUACGUUCCAGAUCUCAACUUGGUCUUCUUUUCAAACACUGGUGGUGGCACACUCACCUACAGUGGCUGGUAUAACAACAGUGUUGUCAGCAUGAUCAACAUGACGCUAGUCGACGAGGCGCUGGCUCGUACGACUGGAAAUGUUAAUAUUCAGGUUCAAACGCUCAAUCUCUCUGACAAUGUCCAAAUGGUUAACGGGGGAACAGGUCCAUACAGGGGAGACCUUCUGUUCGUCACCGCAGGUCGCGCUUUGCUUCCGCCUUCUAUUGUUCGCGUAAAUCCCAGCCCUCCCUACAACACCACUGUUAUUCUGGACAACUUCCUAGGCAGACAGUUCAACUCGCUGAAUGAUAUCAAAAUUCUACCUGGCACGGACAUCAUGUUUUUCACCGAUCCUCCUUACGGGUGGCUUAAUGGUUACCGUCCUGAACCAAUGCUACCGUCACAAGUGUACCGCUUUGAUCCGUCCACUGGGCAGGUCAGAGUUGUCGCUGACCAAUUUGUGAACCCGAAUGGUAUUGCGUUCACGCCCGAUGGCAAAACUGCAUUCGUCACCGACACGGGUGUUUUCGGAGGCUUCCUCGAAACAAAUCAGACUUUUCCAGCCACGAUCUAUCAGUUCGACGUCGAGCCAACGACGCAGUCGUUCAUGAACCGUAGAGUGUUCGCCUACAGUGACUCUGGUGCACCCGAUGGCAUUCAGCUUGAUACCAAAGGCAACGUUCAUGCCGGUUGCGGCGAUGGUAUUCAUGUCUGGAAUGACGAAGGCACGCUCAUUGGGAAGUUCUACUUAAACAGCACCGCGUCUCAGCUGAUAUUCACGAAGUCUGGUCUUGUUAUUUUGGCGGAGACAGCGAUGUAUGUGGUAAACAUCCAAGCUCGUGGAAUGACUCUAGCCACGCUGUAGCUUUCUAUGUACUG